GUGGGCCCAGACUAACAGUACAGCUCAGCUUGCAGCUUAGUGUUUCUCGUUAUAAGGAGUUUCAUCAUUUUAAAAUACAUUUGACAAGGAUGCAACGACUGUUUCUCGUGUUGUGUUACUACUGCCUAUUGCAGCAUCCAGCAAGUGCUGUAGCUCCUACUGUGUCAUCAGAAAUGUCUUCAUACUUUGUUGAUGAAUCUAAUUCAGUUACAUUCCAGUGUACUGGUACUGGAGCUCCAGAACCUGCCAUUCAUUGGUUUAGGAAUGGAUCUCUUAUUAAUGACACGAGUAGAUUCAUCGCAUCACAGAAUGAGACAUUCAACUCAUCAACAAUGAUCUAUACUGUUUCGGGAUCUCUAACGCUGAUCAAUGCAUCAGUGGCUGAUGGUAGAGAUGAUUAUUGGUGUAAUGCUAGCAACAGUGAUGGUAGUUCAUCCUUGAUGUUUAGCCUGACUGUAUAUUUUGGCCCUAGGUUAGUAUCAAGAUCAAGUGAUGUUUCCGUGCCACGAUAUGGCACUGCUUCAUUUACCUGCACAAUGUCUGGAAAUGAGCGACCAACAAUAAAUUGGACAUUUUAUGGCAGGAAUCUCUCUAAUAGUACAGGAUUCAUGCCUACCUCUAUUACAAUGGCACAUGACAAUGAGUAUCAGGUGACUAGUACACUAACAUUAGCUAAUGUCUCGCCGGACUCUGCUUAUACCUACUAUUGCGUUGGUAGCAAUCAAUUAAAUACUUUUUCUGUUGGAUUUAAUCUUGAGGUUGAAUUUGCUCCAUUUUUUCUUCAGGAUCUUAGCAAUACUGCUGUCACUCCACCAACUGAUGCCGUUUUUACUUGCGGAGCUAGAGGUGGACCUUUACCAACUAUAACAUGGACAAAGAACAAUCGUGCUAUCACUCUUGAAGAGUAUUUGAGUGGUAAAUACGCUCGCCAAACUGGUGUCACACUUCCAUCAACUAUAUAUACUGCACUAACAAUAGCAAAUACUGCUCCAUCAGAUAUUGCUGACUAUUCUUGCAUUGUUAGUAAUGCUCUAGGUUCUGUUAACAGUACAGCUACCCUCAGUGUGUAUGUAAGGCCUAGUAUAUUGAUAACGGAUGAAGCAUAUACCGUCAGAGAGCAAUCCCAGGUCUCAUUCCAAUGCGUUGGUACUGGAAUUCCAGCUCCUGAUAUCACAUGGUAUAAAAGUGGUAACCUUAUAAUGGCCAGUGAUUCUGUUACUUUUUCUAACUCUAUUUAUCUCAAUGACUCAACUUUGCUUUAUAUAGUGACCAGUACCUUCAGCAUAGCACAAGUAGCUGUAUCUGAUAGUGAUACAAACUACACUUGUUUAGCUAGUAAUCCUGCAGGAACUGACAGUGCACAAUUUGAACUUAAUGUAAUUGAGAAUCCCAGCUCUUCUGGUUCAAGCACUUUGAUGAUGUCCAUUGUUGCAUUUAUUUUCUGCUUUUUUGUGGCUUUUUUGCUGCCAAACUAGAACUAAAGCAGCUUUUACUUUAUUUGGAGUGGGUUUACCAAUAAUUAUGUUGUUUUUUUGUUUUCUG